AUGCUCCAAUUCAUCCAGCGAGUCCAGACUAAUACCUGGCGGGACCUGUCCAAGCUGACCAAGACGACACAAAUCACCACGAUCGAGGUGACUGAAAAGAAAACAACAGAGAAUGCGAGGCUGGAGAACCCGUUGCGUGAUGAUGUGGCUUUCGCAAGAAUCCUCGACGCAUAUCUGCCGCCCCAGAUCAAGGAACGGGCCGAGGGCGAACUAGCCGCCUUGUGCGAAGCCGCCGUUUCUGAACAGGUCAUGGACUGGAUUGCCGAAGCUGAACGCUGCCCGGCCCAGAUCCAGCACUGGGAUGCCUGGGGAGUGAAGAAGGACGAGCUGGUUACGAGCCAAGGGUGGAAGUAUCUCUGGCAAUAUGGGAUAUCAGAACGUCUGGCUGCCUUGCCAUCACUCGACCAGGAGUAUGAAGGUUAUGGCAGAAUCAUCCAACUUCUGAAGGGCCACAUCUAUGGCCCGUCCUCGGCGACAUCAGGAUUUCACCUGAUCUUAGCAGACGGCGUUGCUGCUCUUCUACUCUCACACUUGCGUGAAUCCAAGAUCGACAAAUCAACACGAGCGCUGUUUCAGUAUGCAUACGACCGGCUCACGUCCCCUGACCCGCAGAAGGGCUGGGCCUCUGGGCUGUGGAUGACUGAGAGGGGCGGCGGCAGCGACCUGACGCCGACCGAGACCACGGCCACCUACUCGCCCCUGAGCCCGGACGACGACUCCAAGGAUGCCGACGGCUUCCCUCUGGGGCCGUGGGUGCUCAACGGCCUCAAGUGGUUCUCCACGGGUACCGAGGCGAACAUGGCCAUCGCGGUCGCGCGGACGGAGAAAGGCCUGAGCGCCUUCUACGUGCCAAUGCGUCGCGCCGUGACCGUGGACGGGGCCCCCACGACGGAGCUCAACGGCGUGCGCAUCCGGCGCCUCAAGAAGAAGCUGGGCACCAAGCCACUGCCCACUUCGGAGCUUGAGCUCAACGGCAUGCGCGGGUGGCUGGUCGGCAAGGAGGGCAAGGGUAUCAACGAAAUUGGCAUCGUGCUCAACGUUACGCGCGUCCACCUCGCCGUCGGCGUUGUGGGUUACGCAGGCCGCGCCCUCGCAGCCGCUCGUGCUUUUGCAAAAGUGCGUAAGGUCGCUCGUGGCACCCCGCUCAGUCGCGUGCCGCUUCACAUGCGGUCGCUCGCCAGAGCCCACGUCGCCUACCGCGCGCACAUGAUGCUGGGCUUCUUUGUUACGGCGCUGCUGGCCAAGUCGGAGCAGCAGAAGCAGCCCAGCACGCCGGCGGUGCUGGAGCUGGUUCCCAAAAGCAGCCAGGACGCAUCCUGCUUGCUGCGGCUGCUGGGCUCUGUCUCCAAGGCGUCGGCGGCCAUGGAUGCCUGCAGCAUGACUCAAUGUGCGGUUGAGUCUCUGGGCGGUGUGGGCUACCUUGAGAACGAGGAGAUGGCCUUCAAUGUUUCCCGCCUGUGGCGAGACGCGGUUGCGACGCUGAUUGGCGAGGGCACGGUUGAUGUGCUUGCUACAGAUGUCGUGAAAGUUAUGAAGGGCAAGAUUGGCUCCUACGUCAUGGCUGCUUUCGGCCGCUGGGUCAAGGCGACGCUGCCCAGCAAGGAGUCGUUGGCCCCUGAGGCGGCCAUCAUGACUCAGCAGUGGGCAGAACUGCAGACGGCCAUAUCUAAGAACUCGAUGGAGUAUCUCACCAUGAAUGGGCGCGAGAUCAUGGACCGGGUUUGCAAGCUGAGCACUGGCAUCCUGCUUCUUGCAGAUGCUGCGCGCGACGACAACCCUGUGGCCAUCGAGGUAGCUCGCCGUUGGAUACGCCCUACGACAUUGUUGAGCGGAUCCAGUGUCGAACAAGAACUCAUGUUUGACCAGCAAAUUGUAUUCGGGAACCAGCCAACGUGGCUUGGUGAACCAUGA